CUGCUCAGGCUGCUGUUUAUUUUAUUUUGGUUUUGUUUUGAACUGGGAAAAUGCCUGAGCAGGGGGCACAGCAGCAGCCACAGGUGGAAGUGGUGAUGAAGGUAGAAGGCGAACAGCCUUCAGCCUCCACUCCCCCUUCUCCACCUUUGACUGCUACUCAGCGGUUGAAGGAGUUAGAAGAACAACUGCGGCAGCAACAGGCCAGACUGGCAGAAGUAGCACAGCAGGAGGCUGCUGAGCUAGAGGCUGCAACUGAUCAUUCCAUAAGAGAAUAUCUGUUGCAGCAGCUAGAAGGGUCGCUCAUUGAUGAUCGUUGCUCCCAGAUCACCAAGCACAUGGCAGAGAUGAUCCUGUUGGAGCACAAGAUCACCAGCUCCCAGUUYACAAACUGGGAUGAUCGUUUUGUGCGGCUGGAGCGUCGGGUUGACGAGCUGUCAGCUCAGCAGACCAAGAUCCUGAAGUCUAUUCAGGGCUUGACUGCUCAGCUGGCAGCCGCCAAGCUGAUCACUCCUCAGCCCCCUCUGCUGCAGCCCAAAUCUUCUCCUCAUUCUUCACCCCCUUCCUCUCCACAUCUAUCUCAUGCUGGCUCUGUGGUAGAUCAGUAUGCUCAUCUGAUGCAGGAGCCCUUUGGGUUACCCAACCGGCCAACCGAGCAUCACAUCGAGCUGCUGCCUGGAGCGGUCCCUCCCAAGGGCCACAUCUACAGGAUGUCCCCUGCUGAGCUUGAGGAGCUCAGAAAGCAGCUUGAGACCCUGACCAGCAAAGGCUGGAUCAGACCCAGUACAUCUGAAUUCGGUGCACCGGUUCUCUUUGUACCCAAAGGGAACGGCGAGUUCAGAAUGUGCAUUGACUACAGGGGUCUCAACAAGAUCACUAGGAAGAGCACUGAGCCACUUCCUAGGAUCGAUGACCUCCUGGAUAUGGUGCAGGGCUGCACAGUGUUCAGCAAAGUCGACCUCAAAUCUGGCUACCACCAGAUUGAGAUGGUAGAGGAGGAUGUCUACAAGACAGCCUUCAAGACCAGGUAUGGGACUUACGAGUUCCCGGUCAUGCCAUUUGGACUUUGCAACGCCCCAGGCACCUUCCAGACUGAGAUGCACCGCAUCUUCAGGCCUUACCUGGACAAGUUUAUGGUUGUCUACCUGGAUGACAUCCUGGUAUUCAGCAAAACUGCCAGGGAACAUGCGGAGCACUUGGCUCUAGUCCUUCAGUCGUUACGUGACAGCCAGUAUAAGAUCAACAGAGAGAAGUCCUCUUUUGGAGUUCCCUCUGUUAUCUAUCUGGGUCAUGUAAUCUCUGGAGAUGGCCUGGCUCCUGAAGCAGCCAAGAUUGCUGCUAUUCAGGAGUGGCCUCAGCCUCAGACGGUGAGGGAUGUUCGGUCCUUCAUGGGUUUGGCCUCCUACUACAGAAAGUUUGUCAGGAACUUUUCUGCAGUGGCUGCACCCCUGACUAACUUAACAAAGAAGGACACUCCCUUUCUUUGGUCCCUCCACUGUCAGUUGGCCUUCACACGACUCAAGAAGGCCUUGACUCGUGCGCCUAUUCUGAAGUUACCUGACCCCACCUUGCCAUUCAUCCUGACCACUGACGCCAGUCAGUAUGGCAUUGGGGAAGUUCUUCAGCAGGAUGAUGGGAAUGGUCUACGGCCUGUAGAGUUUAUGAGUAAGAAGAUCAAGACUCAAAAGCUCCAGGACUCCACCUACGAGAAAGAGCUAUAUGCUCUUGUCUGUGCCCUGAAACACUGGAAACACUUUCUCCUGGGCAGGCACUUCAAGAUCUUUUCAGAUCAUUCCACCUUACAGUGGACGAAGUCCCAGGGAGAGUUGAAUGAUAAGUUGGCACGGUACAUUCAGUUCAUUGGCAUGUUUGACUUUGAACUAAAGCCUAAGAAGGGCUGCUACAACAAGGUAGCAGAUGCCCUCUCUCGUAGGCCUGACUCUUUUGCGCUGAUCUCCUCUACUCACUCCUUUGGAGAGGAGACCCGUCAUACCAUUGCUCGUCUACUGCCUCAGGACGAGACUUUUGGACCCAUUGUCAGGAAUCUGCAAGCAGAUUCUAACUCUGAACCAGGCUAUGCUCUGAGUUCAGACCUGCUGUAUACUUGCAGCAGAGGUGAGGAGCGCUUGUGCAUUCCUCAGGACCAGCGGCUCAGGACACUGCUGAUGUCAGAGUGUCACGAUGCCCAUGGACAUUUCGGGUUCCUAAAGUCUUAUGCAGCCCUGUCGCAGCACUUCUUCUGGAAGGAGAUGCGGAGUGAGAUGCUGCAUUAUGUGGACACCUGUGAGCUUUGCCAAAGAAACAAGUUCAGCGUAAACCUCCUUUGGGACUGCUCAAACCCCUUCCCACACCUGAUGGCCCUGCUGAAUCUGUGUCGAUAGACAUCACAGAUUUAGGCAAGACCACCCCUCGUGGCAUGCGUCAGGUUAUGGUCUGCAUGGACAGGUUCUCCAAGUACG